AUGGGCUUCUCGAAGAAGCCGACCGACACUCGCGCCGCCGACCCUAUCCCUAUGUCCACGUCUACCUCGGACGACCCAUCGUCAAGCAACAGCAGCGCCUCCUUCUUCUCACGUUUCGCCCUCCCUCUCCGGUCGCGUGCCCGCUAUAUCGCCGACUUUCAUGUCCGCCCGGCCGAGCCCCAUCGCAAAUAUGUCGCCGGCGACCAGGUCCAGGGCGCGGUGGUCCUGACCGUGGUCAAACCUAUCCGUAUCACCCACCUAGUCGUGUCGCUCCAUGGCUACAUGCGCGUCUACAAGGGCCCGAACGCCCCAGCAAACGAACCCAUCGUGGAUCCCGCAGAGGCUUUUACUAGUUCCGGCCGCUCUAAGCAUUUCGGGAACAGCUGCCUGAGAUUGUUUCAAGAUGAGCAAACCCUCAGCGGCGACGGGAGGCUUGAGCCGGGCAAAUACGAGUUCAACUUCAAUCUUUUAUUCCCUUCCAGCGGGUUACCGAGUAGUAUUGAUUUUGAACGGGGGACGAUAUCGUACAUGAUCACAGCAACUCUAACGCGCCCGGCAUCCAUGGGCACGAAAGUACCACUGAAAAUAAGCUGCGAACGUAAAGUUCAGUUCAGCGAGAUGCUCGACAUUGGGACUCUGGCCCCACCGCGACCGCGUAUCAUCUCCCUAGACCCCGUCGCGAAGCGACCGAAGAAGAAGAAACAGGGUGUUAGCAGUGCGGGGAAAAGCCCAGCCGUGGUUGAGACAAUCCCAUCACCUUCUGAACCUGAGCCUGAGCCUGCUCGGGUCAACGAGAAUUCCACAGACGGCUCUUUGUCUGUUAUCGGCGAGGAGCAAGAACAGGAGCAAGACCCGGCUGGUAACAACCCUCCCCGUCCACAGAGCGAGGUCCGGAGCGUCAGUAGCGGGAGCGCUGCGAGCGGAAGCACGAGCCAGAGCAAAGCUGGCGAUCCAAACCAUGUGACUGGGGCGGUAGUUUCGUUUGCCGGGAAACAACCGCCCGCCGCAAAGGACCGAACCAUCACAGCGACCGUCGAGCUACCGAAACGGGGUUGUCUCAGGGGCGACACCGUCCCCAUCAAGGUAUCGGUGCAGCACAAUAGAUGCAUUAAGAGCAUGCACGGUAUUGUUGUCACCCUGUACAGGAUGGGGCGCAUCGACUCGUCCCCUCCGGCGUUAUUCAAAGGGGCUUCCGAAAGCGAAGCGCGGCGACUUGAAAAAGAGGAAUAUUUCCCCAGAUCAAAGACGGGACUGGGGGGCUUGUCUUUGACGUCGGCAGGGCCCUGCAGCGUGUUCCGAAAGGAUCUCUCCCAGACCUUUGCUCCCCUCAUUAUUGACCCAGACACACUAACGGCCAAUCUGACUGCCUCGGUGAGGGUCCCUGAGGAUGUGUUCCCCACGAUCCAAGGUGCACCAUAUGAUAUGAUAUCGUUCGGGUAUCGGAUUGAAGUGAUUGUCGACUUGGGGGGCAAGUUGUCAAGUCAACUGCAUGCCAUAAAACCGUCCAGCUCCGCCCUGGGUGUAUCCGGCAGCGCACAUGAAGGUACUCCCGGAACCGUAUCUUCCUGGGGCACAAACAUCAUCGACACAGACACGCUCCGUCGCCAGAAGGGGGUCGUCCCCCUCUACUUCGAGAUUGUCGUGGGCACAAUUGAUAGCAGCCGGCUACGCGCUAAAGCAUCCGCGAAGCCGCAUCCCUCCUCUCAAACGGUGGUCAUUCAAGAACCGGAAACAUACGAAAGCCCUCGAGCUGCCGAAAAGCAACCAUGGCCCGCUACCCCAGACCACGCGGCCACUGGCCAACCCUCGGAACCCUAUGUUCCACAAGACUACACAGGGUCACCGCAUACCCAGCCGCAACAGCCUUAUCCCUAUUGGGGUGCUUCUCCUCCAGAUGUUCCCCCCGCACCACAUUACGUGCCGCCCCCACAAGUCCCCGAUGAAGGCAACCUUACCGAGAAAGAGCGCAUCCGGCAGGCCGAACAACGACUUCUUCCUAGCCAGCCGCCAGAAGUGGAUAUUGCGGGCCCUUCUCAACCACACACCCCCCCCGACGAAAACAUUUACGAUGCCGACGACCAAAUACCCACCCCAACUCCCGGUCUUUCACACAGCACCAGCCCACCGCAGGUCUCGGCACAACAAGGCGUAUUAGGCGCUCCCUCAGCCCCCACCCUCGAAGACCUCUCCUCAAAUGUCGGGCCGAGUGCAGUAGAGGACAAGCAAGAACUCGAACGACGCCGGCUCCUCGCCGAAGCCAGCGCGCCACCAGAGUUCCCAGAUGAUUACAGCCACGGGACCAGUGGCAGUACAGGACCCUCGGCCCCACCACUGAACCCCAGCGCGCCACCUGGUGGCCACGACUUGCCACCGUCCGCUCCCGUCCUUGAGGAUGAGGAUGCGUAUGGGCCGCAUUACACCUAUGGGACGCCGCCCGCUGAGGCAUCGUCGUCUGCAGUACCGGUAAACGCUACAGCGCCGGAGGAACCGCUGCCGGCAUAUGAGCGGUAG